UAGAGCUUCAGUAAGAGUGGACAUCUGCGUAUCCAUCAAAGGAUACACACAGGAGAGAAGCCACAUACAUGCAUGGAAUGUGGAAAGAGCUUCAGUGAGAGUGGAAAUCUACGCGCCCAUCAAAGGACUCACACAGGAGAGAAGCCACAUAAAUGCAUGGAAUGUGGAAAGAGCUUCAGUCGGAGUGACUAUCUACGUUCCCAUCAAAGGAUGCACACAGGAGAGAGGCCACAUACAUGCAUGGAAUGUGGAAAGAGCUUCAGUGAGAGUGGAAAUCUACGCACCCAUCAAAGGAUGCACACAGGAGAGAGGCCACAUACAUGCAUGGAAUGUGGAAAGAGCUUCAGUGAGAGUGGAAAUCUACGCACCCAUCAAAGGACUCACACAGGGGAGAAGCCACAUACAUGCAUGGAAUGUGGAAAGAGCUUCAGUCAGAGUGGACAUCUGCGUAUCCAUCAAAGGAUGCACACAGGAGAGAAGCCACAUAAAUGCAUGGAAUGUGGAAAGAGCUUCAGUCGGAGUGGAGAUCUCCGUAACCAUCAAAGGAUGCACACAGGUGAGAGACCGUAUAAAUGCAUGGAAUGUGGAAAGAGCUUCAGUCGGAGUCGAGAUCUCCGUAACCAUCAAAGGAUGCACACAGGUGAGAGACCACAUAAAUGUGUGGAAUGUGGAAAGAGAUUCAGUCAGAGUGGACAUCUGCGUAUCCAUCAAAGGACUCACACAGGGGAGAAGCCACAUACAUGCAUGGAAUAGAGCUUCAGUAAGAGUGGACAUCUGCGUAUCCAUCAAAGGAUACACACAGGAGAGAAGCCACAUACAUGCAUGGAAUGUGGAAAGAGCUUCAGUGAGAGUGGAAAUCUACGCGCCCAUCAAAGGACUCACACAGGAGAGAAGCCACAUAAAUGCAUGGAAUGUGGAAAGAGCUUCAGUCGGAGUGACUAUCUACGUUCCCAUCAAAGGAUGCACACAGGAGAGAGGCCACAUACAUGCAUGGAAUGUGGAAAGAGCUUCAGUGAGAGUGGAAAUCUACGCACCCAUCAAAGGAUGCACACAGGAGAGAGGCCACAUACAUGCAUGGAAUGUGGAAAGAGCUUCAGUCGGAGUCGAGAUCUCCGUAACCAUCAAAGGACUCACACAGGUGAGAGACCACAUAAAUGUGUGGAAUGUGGAAAGAGCUUCAGUCGGAGUCGAGAUCUCCGUAACCAUCAAAGGACUCACACAGGUGAGAGACCACAUAAAUGUGUGGAAUGUGGAAAGAGAUUCAGUCAGAGUGGACAUCUGCGUAUCCAUCAAAGGACUCACACAGGGGAGAAGCCACAUAAAUGCAUGGAAUGUGGAAAGAACUUCAGUAACAGUUCGAAUCUUCGUACCCAUCAAAAGAUUCACACAGGAGAGAAGCCACAUAAAUAGGACAAGUGCCAAGAAGCCAGAAUGUUUGUCCAAAGAACUUCUAACGACUAUGACUCAAAAGAGACAUGAACAGGAAGUGGAAGGGGAAGAAAUCACAAAAUCAUAUAACCAGAGAGUUGGAAGAGACCUCAUGGGACAUCUAGUCCAACCCCCUGCCAAGAAGCAGGAAAUUGCAUUCAAAGCACCCCGGACAGAUGGCCAUCCAGCCUCUGCUUAAAAGCCUCCAAAGAAGGUUCCACAGCUGAACUGCUCUCACAGUGAGGAACUUCUUCCUUAUGUUCAGGUGGAAUUCCCUUUCCUGUAUUUUGAAGCCAUUAUUCUGCAUCCUUGUUUGCAGAGCAGCAGAUAACAAGCUUGCUCCCUCCUCCUUAUGGGAUUUUGGCCUGCAUAAAUAGGGGCAGAGUGUCUAGAUCCAGGGAAGUCAUGGCACCCCUCUAUUCUGCCUUGGUCAGACCACUUUACCUGGAAUCACACUGUGUCUAGUUCUGGGCACUGCAAUUGAAAGGAGACGUUGAAAAGCUGGAAGGUGUCCAGAGGAUGGCGACUAAAAUGAUCAAGGGUCUGAAGAACAAGCCCCAUGGGGAGCGGCUUAAAGACCUGGGCAUGUUUAGCCUGCAGAAGAGAAGGCUGAGAGAAGAAUGAAUAAAUGCAUGUACAAGUAUAUAUGAAAAUAUCAAUCUGGGUUUGUAAAAGGAAGACAAAUGUCACGUUUGAUAGGAAGAGUAUUAAACAAAAUAUGUGUGUCUCAAGAGAGGAAGUUAAAAGUGGGGAUACUAGCAUUAGAUAUAUUUUAUGUGAAGGGAAGUCAUAGGGAAGAGGGAGGGAGCUUGUUUUCUGCUGCCCUGCAGACUAGGACACGGAACAAUGGCUUCAAACUACAGGAAAGGAGAUUCCACCUGAACAUCAGGAAGAACUUCCUCACGGUGAGAAGGGCUGUUUGACAGUGGAACUCUCUCCCCCGGGCCGUGGUGGAGGCUCCUUCCUUGGAGGCUUUUAAGCAGAGGCUGGAUGGCCAUCUGUCGGGGGUGCUUUGAAUGCGAUUUCCUGCUUCUUAGCAGGGGGUUGGACUAGAUGGCCCAUGUGGUCUCUUCCAACUCUACUAUUCUAUGAUUCUAUGAUUCUAUGAUUCUAUGAUUCUAAUGCCUUGAUUGUGUAGCAUGGCAGAUAAUAAGUGAGAUUAUGAAUUAAUUUGGAAUGGGAAGUAGAAUAAAAGGAUGAUUAGAACCAUUUUAUUUGCUAUGGUGAUAGAAUUAUUUGCAAACGCCAUCCAAAAAGUAAGAAUGUAGAAGGUGUAGGAAUAAAGGAAAAGCAGAAGGUGAGCUUAUUUGCUGAUGACACAUUGUUAUUGAUUAAAUAUCUGGGUAGGUCAAAUGGAUAGGAGAGAGGAUCAUUAAAAGAUAUUUGGGAAAACAACGGGUUUAUAUUAUACAAAGAAAGAAGACUUUAUAGAACAGAGCCAUACGGGAAUUAGAAUCAAGAACAAAUUAAUAUACCUGGGAGUAAGUAUAACAAAGGACUUAAAAGAAAUAGAAGAGGUAAAUGUAGUAGCAUUGAGGAAAAUAGUUCAAAAAAAUUAAUACACAUCUAUCUUGGUUUGGAAAGACAGCAAUACUAAAAAUGAAAAUGCUUCUGAGGAUAAACUUUAUACUUACAUAUACCUUAUAUUUAUAAUGCCAUUUCAGAUUACAGAAGAAGAGUUGAAUUCAUUAUUUCUUUGCAACAUUUCUACCCCACCUUUCUCCACCCCAAAGGAGACUCAUUUGGACAAAUGAUAAAUACUGUAAUGGCAGUCAAAGAAAUUGACUAAACAAAUUACAGAACAGAUCUCAAAAAGAAGAAGGAUUAGCGCUCCCUCAUAUGAAAAAAUAUUAUAAAGCAAACAGACUGAGAUUGGUUAUACAAGGAAUGAUGAAAAGGAGGAUGUAGAAUAGUUAAUAAUGGAUUCAGGAAAAGUGGAAGAAGAAAUUCGGAAUAUGUUUUAAAAUAGUUUAUGAGAAAAAAAAAUAAGGUAAACUGGGAACCCAAUGUUGAGUAAUGCAUUAGAAAUAUGGAACAAAUACAGGAGAAAGUUAAUAACAGAUGGCUCAAUAAUAACCCCAAUUAUAAUGGAAAAGACAUUUUCAAAAAAUAAAAAAUAUAUAUGAUGGAUAAAAAAAUUAAGGGGAAAAACUUAGAUAAAAUAGGGGAUUGGCUAAAGGUUGGAAUGAAGAAAGAAAAGAUUAGGAACAUAAAAAUUUGAAAGGAAUAUCCAGUAAAAUUUCUAAAAUAUUAAUUGAAAAAAACAAAGGAAAAGUAAAGAAUAACACCUUCAAGAAGAUUUGGAAAGAAGAUAUAGGAAUGAAAAUCAAUGAAACAGAGGGGUUACAAUUAUGGGGACAAAGACACUUGAAAAAUAUAUCCAUAUGUGUUAAAGAAAAUUAUUAUUUAGUUGAUGUGGAAAUGGUACCUCACACCCAUAAGAAUAGGAAAUAUAAAUAAAAACUACUCAAACAAUUGCUGGAGAGGAUGCCAAGAAUCGGGAACAUACAUACAUAUGUGGUGGCAGUGUCAAUAUAUAAAUAAUUUCUGGGGAAAAGUAUUAAGAGAGAUAGAAGACACAAUGAACAUUCAAAUAGAAAGAAGUCUUAGCAUGGCUUUAUUCUCAUUAUAUAAUAAUAAACAGUUGGAAAAAGAGGACAAAGAUGCGAUAACAAACGCAUUAACAAUUGCAAGACAGCUUAUAGCAAGGAAUUGGAAAAGGGAAAUAAAUAUAGAGAUAGAAGAAUGGUAUAAGGAAGUAUGGAAACUGGGAAGAAAUGAUAGGUUGACGUGGAGAGGGAUUUAGAAACAAAGUGGUUGUGAUGAUGUCUGGAGAAAAUGUAUUGGAAGAGGAUUCAAAAAGAAAGACAGAAUUACCUCCUCAAGAGGGAAUGAAAAGGAAUUUUGGACAGAUGAUAAAUAAAAAAGUGACUUGGGGGAGGGAACACGGUGGUGAGGGUAAGAAAUCUGUAUAAGCGUGAAAAUAACAGUAGAUGCCAAAUGUUAAUGUAUUGCAGAUUGUACUGAAUAUAAUGUGGCUGCUGUAAAAGGAUGUACGAUUUUUAAAAAAAUAAUAAUAAAUGUAUUUGUAAUUUGUAUAAAUAUGCAUUUGUUUUUCUUUCUUGUCUUUGAAUAUAAAUUAUUUUUAAAAACAGAUUAUGAUGUAGCAGCUAUAAAAGCCAAUGUGAUUCCAGGCUGUCCCGAUAGGAGGAUUCUGUCUAUAUCCAAGGAAGUCACGGCCUCCUUUCUUCUGCUUUGGUCAGACUCACCUGGAAUGACCCUGUCUCCAGGUCUCAGUCCCACAAUUCAAGACGGAUAUUAACAGGUCAGAAUAUCUCCAGAGACGGGAUGUAGAGAAGGGCGGAGAGAGACAGCUGGGUAUGUUUCACUUGGAGGAAAGAAGGAAGGGCUUCUCCCUCGGCAGGAAGGAAAUGUUGGAUCCCAAAAGGGUUGGCCGUGGUCAGGAUGAGAGGUGGACGGAGAGGAAAGGCGUGUCCAUGAGACCUCGUGUUGCCUCCUCCUGGAAUGGACUCCUAGGACCCUAGAGCCGGAAGAGACCCCCAAGGGCCACCCCGUCCUGCCCCUGCCAUGCAGGAAGGCACAAUCAAAGCACUCCCGAUAGAGAGCCUCUGCAGAGAAGCCUCCAGAGAAGGACACUCCACCACACUCUGAGGCAGCCUAGGCCACUCUCCAACAGCCCUUACUCGUUCUUAUUGUGUAUCUUUGUAUAUUAAGAGAAGACCUGUAAAUAGUUAUAAGUAGUGAAUAAAUCAAGAAUAAAACCUCCAAGGACUUUGGAUGAAA